AGGCAACGGGGACAUAUUUAAAAUCAAAAAUUGAAUAAGGAAAAAGAAACAUUUUAUAAAUUAAAAUGGUAUCUAUACAUAAUAAUAUUGUGAGUGGUCCUGAAGAAAGAUCGAUUCCUGCUCAUUUGUCAUAUGGUCAAUUUGUGUUUGAUAAAUUAAAAAGUGGUGGUAAUAAAACAGCACAAAUAUGUGCAGAAACAGGUAAAUCUGUGACAUAUAUGACUAUUCUGCAAAGCAGUGUUAAUCUGGCUGUGGCUUUACAAGGACUUGGGUUAAAGAAGGGUGAUGUGGUAGCACUUAGUAGUGAAAACCGGUUUGAAUUCACUGUUACAUCCCUUGCUAUUAUAUACUGUGGUGGAGUGCUCUCAACUCUCAACGUUACUUAUUCUCCUGGUGAGAUUAUACAUAUUUUAAAUAUAACGAAGCCUAAAUUCAUCUUUACAUCCCCCAUCACCGCUCAAAACAUUUAUGACUGCAGUAAAGAUCUACAGCAUGUAGAAAAACUUAUAUUGUUUGGCGAGUAUGAUAUAGUGCCGGGGGUAUUCUACGAUGACCUAGUGAAAAAUCAAGUGAACAUAGAUGACUUUACGUUAGUAGAUGUGAAUGGUGCCGAAGAUGUUGUUGCUGUGAUGUGUUCGUCCGGCACUACGGGGCUGCCUAAAGGUGUAAUGCUGACACAUGUGAAUUUUCUUACAUUAUCUGUGCAUAUGAAGUAUUAUUUAGAUACAUCUCAGCAGCGACACAAGCAUAAUGUGACCAAUGCUUUAUCUCUGAUACCUUGGUUUCACGCAUAUGGGUUCAUAACAACAUUGGCUAUAAUGUGCAUGCAUAUCGAAAUCGUGUUUCUGGUUCGCUUUGAGGAGCAACAAUUCCUGGAAACUAUACAGAAGUAUAAGAUCAAUAUGAUGACAAUCGUGCCGCCUCUGGCCGUGUUCCUGGCCAAGCACCCGCUAGUCCCUCGGUACGACCUCUCGUCGCUCAAUGAGGUGUGGUGCGGCGCCGCGCCCCUCUCUAAGGAAAUACAGGCUGCAGUCUCUCAGAGGGCUGGAAUAGGCCACAUCCGGCAAGGCUACGGGCUGACGGAGGUGACGAUGGCGUGCUGCGUCGACCUCACGGGCGGCGGCAAGCAGGGCUCCUGCGGCACGCCCGCGCCCGGCAUGAAAAUAAAAGUUUUAGAUAUAGACACAGGCAAGAAACUUGGUCCCUACGAGGAAGGGGAGCUAUGGAUCAAGUCUCCGCUGCGAAUGAAGGGCUACCUGGGCGACUGCGCGGCCGGCGACGCGCUGCUCGACGCGGAAGGCUAUCUGCAGACCGGUGACGUGGGCUGCUAUGACGAGGACGGGUUCUUCUACAUCGUCGACCGCCUGAAGGAACUCAUCAAAUACAAGGGAUUUCAGGUGGCGCCCGCGGAGCUGGAGGCGCUGUUGCUGCGGCUAAGCGGCGUGGCGGACUGCGGCGUGGUGGGGCGCAGCGACGAGAUCGCCGGCGAGCUGCCCGUCGCCUUCGUCGUGCCGCAGCCAGGCGCCAGCCUCAGCGCGCAGGAGAUACAGGCCUACGUUGCAUCCAAGGUUUCACCUGCUAAACGUUUGCGAGGCGGCGUGAUCUUUGUUGAAGAAAUACCAAAGAAUCCUUCGGGUAAGAUUUUGAGGAAGGAACUAAGAAAAAUGUUAGACACCAAAGUUAACAGUAAAUUGUAAUGAAAAAAUAAAAACCCCAGUACAAAUUACAAUUAAAUAUUUCUAUUUUAAGCUUUAAUAACUUUAUGAUUUUGCAUUAUUAGGUGUAUAAAAAGCUGGUCAAAUGCGUGUGAGAUCACGUUUAAGUAGGGUUUCAGUUAUGAUAGUUUCUAAAAACUUUGAUAGAGUUCGUAAACAUUAGUUUUUUCCCAAAAACUGCCUAAGAAACAUAAUUUAUAUACUUUAUUCGCAUAAGGAUAGAUUCUCAAGAGGUAUUACUAGAGUAUAGUGCCAGGCAGGAAAUAUUGUACAUGGAUCUUCGGUUGGUAAGCGUCGCGGGCCACGAGCUUGGCGUCUCUUGGAUCGUUACAUAGUCGCGCGGAUGGCUAUUCCCGCCACCACGCUUACCACCCGCGCGGGCGGUAAGCGUCACUGUAAAACCAGCCUGACAGAGGCAACGCUUUACGGAGCCCUUUCUUAAGGUUGAUUGAUAUACAAUAUUUCCUGCCGGCUACUGUAAGCCAAAAUUUUUUUAGCUCUCAUGCUCAGGUAUCCCAAAUAUUGUGUAGUGUGUCGAGUGUUCUUUAUGAAUUCCUUGUAUUAUCAAGGAACCCUAAAUUGACAUUAUGAUUCUUACUUUGUACCCGUUUGACUAAGGUAACAUUGAAAAAUGAAAAAUUUUGACUAAUUUUGUAAACGUUUGACUAAGGUAACAUAAAAAAAAA